CGGUAACACUGUCCACAUUUAUACCAACAAUAGACCAUCGCCUGUUGUUUAACGCCGUCAAACUUAGGCGGACUCCGUAUUCCACAUUACUAGAAAGAGAAGUGAAAAAUUUCUAUUGUGCAAAAAAGAAUUAGUUUUUUCAAUUAUUCUAUUAGGGAACGCACAUAUUUUUCAGUAACCGCGAGGACAGCAGCAAAAAGAAGCAGAAAAAGAAAAUGCAGGCAAUCAAGUGUGUUGUCGUAGGGGACGGUGCGGUUGGUAAGACAUGUCUACUCAUCAGCUAUACAACGAAUGCAUUUCCAGGAGAAUACAUACCAACUGUAUUCGACAAUUACUCGGCUAAUGUUAUGGUCGAUGCCAAGCCUAUUAAUUUGGGCCUUUGGGAUACGGCCGGUCAAGAGGAUUAUGAUCGUUUGCGUCCAUUGUCGUAUCCACAAACAGAUGUAUUUUUAAUUUGCUUUUCGCUUGUAAAUCCAGCUUCAUUUGAGAAUGUUCGUGCUAAGUGGUAUCCAGAGGUACGCCAUCACUGCCCAAAUACGCCAAUAAUAUUGGUGGGCACAAAAUUGGACUUGCGGGAUGAUAAAAUCACCAUUGAAAAACUACGUGACAAAAAGCUUACGCCCAUUACCUACCCACAGGGUUUGGCUAUGGCUAAGGAAAUUGGCGCAGUCAAGUAUUUGGAGUGUUCAGCUUUGACACAGAAGGGCUUAAAGACUGUCUUUGAUGAAGCUAUACGUUCAGUGUUGUGUCCUGUUUUGCAGCCCAAGUCGAAACGUAAAUGUACGUUGCUAUAAUUUCACCAUAAACCCGGAAAGUCUGGAAAAUCUUAAGCACACGGAGGGAAGAAACCAGCAAAAUACCAAAUUGAAGCGUUCUAACACACAAAACAGCCAAUUCUAUAAAUUUUUGUAUACUGUAGCAAUAGUAAAAAUAUACACAUAUGUAAAAUGAUACAGAGUGGUAUUCCAGGCCUUGAGAUUAAUAAUGUGUUAUUGUCACCAGGUCAACGUGUUUUAACGUUUAAUUCCAUCACUAACGACAUUUUUAAAAGCACCACCAGAAAGAUAUCAUAUUGCAGAACUAGUCAAUAGACAAUACAAGUCGCAAUAGAUCAUUUCCUUUAAGUCACUCAGUAUUCAUUAUUUCUCUUUGGUCUGAAUAAUUUUACGUCACCGCUUUCGUCGCUUAAAUUUUUAUUUAUUUGCAAUAAAUUUAUUGCAACAAUUUUAUAAACAAUGUAUUAACAAAUUCCUUUUUUACAUAACAUAUAUAUGUGCAUUAGUAAAACUAAAAGUUUCCUUUCCUAAUUUGUUUUAAACCAUUUUAUUUAAACUUUGGCUUUACUACAAUACUACACCAUAUUCAAAACGAUAUUAAAAAAUAAAACUCAAACAUUAAAAUGAUUUUCGUAAAA